CUCUCUAAUUACCACAUUCUCAACAUGGGUUUUGCUCGUGCAACGGGGCUGUUGAUAUUUUUGGUAACAGCUUCCAUGUUAGCCACAUGCAGCACGGCCAAUAGAGGUUGGCAUCGGGGCUUCAAUCAUAGUGGUAGCCGAGGUGUUAAGUCUAACCACACGGGCAAUUGGGGCUGGGGCUGGGGCUCGAACCACACUGCAAACUGGGGCUCGGGCUCGGGCUCGGGCUCGAACCACACUUCAGGUUGGGGCUGGGGCUGGGGCUGGGGCUGGGGCUGGAGCUGGGGUUGGGGCGCACGUCACCGGAAUGCCACAACCGACGGCGUGAGAAAGAUUGUUGUGGGUGGCUCCGAGCAUUGGCACUUCGGCUUCAAUUACUCUGACUGGGCCUUCAAAAACGCUCCGUUUUACCUCAAUGAUGUUCUAGUUUUUAAGUACGACGCACCAAAUGCGACGACGUUUCCUCACAGUGUGUACAUGCUGCCGGACCUGAAGAGUUACUUAGCGUGCGAUCUGAGCAAAGGGCGGAUGAUCGGAAACGUGUCGGACGGAGCCAGCGCCGACGGCUUCGAGUUCCCACUUAAGAAAUGGGGCCCCCACUACUUCGUUUGCGGUGAGCACGGCGGCAUCCAUUGCAAAGUUGGGAUGAUGAAGUUCUCACUCGUCCCCCUGCUUCGUGGGUUCUAACCA